AGGUGCAAGCAAAUAACGAGAAAAUUGGUUACUUAAACAAAAGUUUUAAUGAAUGAAAGUGUUCGUCCUUGGCUUCUAUAUAUGGUACGAGUACUGGAGUGACAGCAAGCUGACUUGGGAACUGCCUGACUCACCACGAAUAAUCGGGACUCUUAAAUACGCCAGGGACUCGAGGAGCAGACGACAAUCGCAGAGUUACCUGAGCGCAUGCGAGUAGUGCGCUCACUUAGUUUAAAAAGUUCGUAAUUUAACUCAGCACAUUAAUAGCUAUAAUGGGUCUCAAUAUUUGUUUUGGUUUUCUUUCGGCCAUAGUAGGAAUUUCAAUUAUUGCUUCGAAGGCGAUUGCUGCACCAAUAUCGUAUUCUGAUCUACAAGCAAUGAUGUAUCUAAACCACUACGGGUAUAUGAACGAGACAAGCUCUAAGUCUUCUUCCCUAAUUGAUUAUGGUUCUCUGACGAUUGCCAUCAAAGACUUUCAGAGGUUCGCAGGUUUAAAUGAAACAGGAGUGAUAGAUAAUGAGACGAUAACAAUGAUGGAAAUGCCACGUUGUGGAGUGAAAGAUAAAGUUGGCCACAGCAACUCGGCCAGAAGAAAACGUUACGCCUUACAAGGCAGCAAAUGGAGGGUCUCUAACUUAACCUACCGCAUCAGUAAAUAUCCCAGCCGAAUUAAGGAUCAUUUAAAAGUGGACAAGGAAAUCGAAAAUGCUUUCAAGAUUUGGAGUGACGCCACAUCUUUAAACUUCCUACCUAAAAAGAGCGGGCGGGUCCAUAUCGAUGUAAUGUUUGAAAUGGGUGAACAUGGUGAUGGUGAUCCUUUUGAUGGGCCUGGGAAAACCUUGGCUCAUGCUUUCUUUCCCCAGUAUGGUGGAGAUGCACACUUUGAUGAUGAAGAAAAGUGGUCCAUAGGCUCUUAUUUUGGAACAAAUAUAUUUCAAGUUGCUGCCCAUGAAUUUGGUCAUUCCUUAGGAUUAUCGCAUUCGGAUGUUAAACAGGCACUGAUGGCACCUUUCUAUCGAGGGUACGACCCAAAUUACAAGUUGGACGAGGAUGACAUGCUAGCAAUUCAAGCACUUUAUGGCACCCGCACUGACGAGGGAAAGGGAAGUACAAAACUUGAUGCUGAAGAGGAUCACACUUCUGCCUCGCAUCCUGACACCAAUGACGCUCCAGAUCUCUGUCAAGAUUCUACAAUAGAUGCUGUAACAAAGACAGAGAAUGGCAAAACUUACGUGUUUAAAGAUGAAUUA